CCCGUCGUCGAGAAACCGCAUUCUCUCUCUCCCCUCCCUCUCUCCCUCUCCGUCUGCAAUGGCGUCUCUCCACCAAACCCUUGUUUCUAUGCAAUCCAAGCUCCUUCCAUCGUCAGCUCAAAUAUCGAGGUCUCUCCCACUUCGGAUGACCUUCCCACUCCGAAUCGGACGCCGCGGUGGCGGUGCCGCCGGAGCAAGGAUGUCCGCGACGGCGGCGGGAAGCUACGCGACGGCUCUUGCCGACGUAGCGAAGUCGAACAAUACUCUGGACACGACGAGUGCCGACGUGGAGAAGAUCGAGAAGGUGUUCUCGGACCAGCAGGUCGUCGACUUCUUCGCAAAUCCGACGGUGGACGUUGAGAAAAAACGCCAGGUCCUCGACGAGAUCGUGAAAUCGUCAUCGCUGCAGCCUCACACGGCGAAUUUCCUGAACAUCCUGGUGGACGCGAACCGGAUCGAGAUUGUGACCGAGAUCGUGAAGGAGUUCGAGGCGGUGUACAACAAGCUGACGGACACGGAGCUGGCGGUGGUGAGCUCGGUGGUGAAGCUGGAGCCGCCGCAGCUGGCGCAGAUAGCGAAGCAAGUGCAGAAGCUGACAGGGGCGAAGAACGUGAGGGUCAAGACGGUGAUCGACCCGGACCUGGUGGCUGGGUUCACGAUCCGAUACGGGAACUCGGGGUCGAAGCUUAUCGACAUGAGCGUGAAGAAGCAGCUGGAGGACAUCGCCGCUCAGCUCGACCUCGGCGAGAUUCAGUUAGCCACCUGAGUCUGUGUAUAAUUCAAAUCCAAAACUCGUUUCCCCUUUUUGUGUGCAAUCAAAUCUAUUCUUUUCGGUAGAUUUAAUAUAUCAACAUAUAUAGCAGUGUUCGUGGUUGUUCAUUGCCAGAACUGAACCAAUUGAUAGAACGUAACUUCCCAAAUGUGUGGAAGAACAUGUUUGCAAAUUGCGUGAAUGUGAUGUUGAAUUUAUGAAA